CGCUAGACACCUCCCUCAGAGGUGUGGCCGAAGAAUUGAAAGAGAGGAUGCCCGCCUGGGCCAAGAUGAAGAAGGAGAAUAAAGGGCAGCUUAUAUUGCUAGAUACAGAGAUUUUCAGAAGUAGAGUAGGGGCCCUAGUAGAUUCAGGGGCCACCCGCAGCUAUAUUAGUAAGAAAGCGCUGCAGAAGUUGAGGCUGGGACUUAAAGUCCAGAAACUGACAGACCCCAUAGUUAGUAUCCUCGCGGACAAUCGCACUACGGUUGUAGAGGAUUACGUAGAGGGAGUUCAGGCAUAUUUCCGCUUAGAGAAAGAGGGGAAAGUGGAGAAGGUCCUCCACUCCCUGACUCUCCUCGUAGAAGACAGCCUCCCAUUUGAUAUUGUAUUGGGAAUGGAUUGGGGAGAGGCAGCCGGGGCGAUGCUCCAUCUGAAGGAGCACGAGUGUAGGCUCCCUAGUUCCUCAGGCGAGGCUAAGACUGCCCGCCUGUUCCAUGUGUCAGGGGUAGAGAAUUCCUUGGCGCACUGCUGCCUGAGUGCCCCCGCGUUCGCCAGAUUAGUGAAGAAGGAGAAAUUGAAUGAGCAGGUCUUGGUUGCCUAUGUGAGGCCAGUGACUGAGCCUACGGAAGAAAAACCGAUGGACCCUGCGAUUGCCAAGCUGCUGGAAGAGUUCAAGGACCUAACCGAGCCGCCGAUAGGAGUGGUACCGCGGCCCAUCCAGCACCGUAUUGAGACAGAGCCUGGUAUUCCCACUGUUGCGGUUCCCACCGCCGCCGCUACCACCGCUGUGGUCUCCACUGCUGCAGUUUCUACUGCUGCUGUUUCAACUCCGGGUUUCACUCUAGCAGUUUCUGCUACGGAAGUUGCCUCCGCUACUCGUCUUGUCACUGCUUGUUCAUCUGCUGCUAAUGCAGUUCCCACUGUUGCAGUUCCCACCGCCACCGCUUCCACCGCUGUGGUCUCCACUGCUGCAGUUUCUACUGCUGCUGCCGCUGUGGUCUCCACGGCUGCAGUUUCUACUGUUGCUGUUUCAACUCCGGGUUUCACUCCAGCAGUUUCUGCUACGGAAGUUGCCUCCGCUGCGGUCCCUGCUACGGAAGUUGCCUCUGCUGCGGUUCCUACUACAACAGUUGUCUCUGCUGCGGUUCCAUUUUUUACCACUUUCUCUGCUUCUGUACCUCGAAUUUCUCAUGCUAUAGUUUUUACUGGAGAGAACUUAAUUACGGGGACUAUUCCAUCUUUUUUCGGGGAGUUCAAGAAGUUGGAGAUCUUGAAUCUCAGCUACAAUCAGCUCACAGGACCUAUACCGGACAGUCUUUUGGAAAUAAGUGCUCCAAAUGGUUCACUGCUGGAUCUCAUCUUAAACCGGAACAAUUUAUCAGGGCGUGUGCCCAUAGGAUUCAACACACUUCGUAACUUUUCUACGGACUCUGUUGAACCCGAGUCUCAAGUUGCUUUCUCUACCUGUCUUGGGGGGGAAGCAACGGAAUGGGUUCUGACCGAAGUCAAUGCAGCAGGGUUUGAUGACAUUGGGGAGUGGGUUGAAACUUUGAACCUCAAGCAGUUCCUUAGUAAGAUCAAGGAACGGUUUUUGGACAAAACGACGGCCGACAAGGCCUUUGACCAGCUCACCACAAUUGGUCAGAAACAAUGGACCUCUGUGGAAUCGCUGUCUAGGGAAGUUGAUCGGUUGCUGCAGGUUCCUCGAUUGAACCUGCAAGACAACCAAGUCUUGUACAUCUAUUCCCGUGCUCUGCUCGAGCCCAUCCGUGGACAACUCGUGACAGAGUCAAAGUCCGGCAAGUAUAAUUAUAGGCAGUUUCGGGAUCUGGCUCUCCAACGAGAGCAAAUGACUUCUCAGGUUAAGAAUUUGUAUGCGUCUGUUGUGAAGUUUAGUGGUGGUGCAGCUGCAGGAAAGCGGAUACUUUGGCGCCAAAAGCGUCAGGACCACACCCUUGUCGUCUUUGAUGACGAUAUUGUGGAGAAGUGGUCAUUGGAGGCCGAGGAUGUGCCGAGCAGCAGUGAUUCCGGGAAGGGGGAAGUCACUGCUGCCGUGGUCAACAAUGGAGGACCACGACUGCCAGUAAUGAAGAAGAAGAAACCACGCUCGUUUCCUGAGCAUCCCGGAAUUGCGGCCGAGAAGCCAUGGGAAAAUAUAGGAAUGACACAAGAAACCUGGCAAGAACAGAUGGAUAACGCGCAAUGCCUGAAGUGUGAUACUCCAGGUCGUGUGAUUGCGUGGUCCCCAUUAAUCCGUAACCCAAAAGCGAGCCGCCAGUAGGAGUAGCAUUUGCUCCUACUGAGUCUAAGGGUUUGGAUGAAGAUGAAGGUAAGGCUCCUACUAACUCUUCUAACCCUUUGACUCAUAUGGAAGAGGAUGGUUCUUCUUCGGCCCAUCGUCCGGAACACCCUGAACCUGUUUUAUGUAUUGUCUCUCUGGACGACUCUCUUGACAAGCUUGGUAACGAGUUGCCAGCAUUACGAAGCUCGUGGGCUAAGAAAUCAAAGUCUAAAGGUGAC